AAUACUGUUGGGCGGGGUCUAGCUGGCGCAUGCCAUGGCCAGCGGGAGAGGGACGACGAAGUACAAAGCCCUCCUAGUCAACUCUGACACUUUAUCAGACGUCCUCGACGAUGAUGCGGUAGCAAAGACAAAGCUCCUGCGGAAGAUGAGGGCUAACGAGUGGAUCGAGCCGACUGCAGACUUGUCAACAGACGAUCUGGUAGCACUGGCACUGAAUAAGGUUGAAACCGAGGGAGGGAAGGUUUUCGAUCAGUUUGUAGAGUUUCUGAGGAACAUCACAGGGCUUUCUCACAUUGCUGGAAAGAUGAAAGAAAUGGCAGGUCCCUCAAGCUCUCCACAGGCUGCAGCUCUUGUGGGUGCAGACUCAUCGCAGACCACAGACCCACUC